AUGAGACGAAUUUUGUCCACACUGGCUUGUUGCCUCCUUCACCCUCUAAUCGCAUCCGCGAUAGAGUUCACGCCCGAGAUCGGAUCGACAGCGAACAACUCUGUAUGCAAAAACCUUCGGGGCCAAACGUUCACUGCGGAAUAUAAGUCUUUACUCGCUAUCACAGAGAGGGGCCCUUACAAUCUGGGAUCAAACCCAGUCAAUACCCUCUUGACCCUCUGGAACUCGGAUGCAAACCUUACCUCGCUCUCCUCGGGGUCACCAUGGACCUCCUCGUCCCUAGAAUGGUAUAUCGAGUCAGCCCCCUGGGUGUACUAUGCGAACAAUGGCUUAACUGAAAGCGAUGCGGGUACCGAUUCUUCCGUCAAAGAUGUCUUCAAUUUGACCCUAUCGCCAGACACUGAAGGGCCCCCAUAUAAACUGACAGGAACCAUCAAGGACGCAGACUUAAUGAUGAGUAGUUUUGAAAUGGAUCUCAAGCCCUGCAAUACUUCCACUGAGACCAGCCAGAAUCGCAUGACGCUCGUUGAUCGUGAUUGGACUAAUAAUGCUGGUUGGACCUGGACAUAUCCCACGGUUGACUUUCAAUUUGAUAGCCGAACGGCCAACUUCACUUUGAAUGGAUAUGCUGCUGGGUUUCCCUAUCUGAUCAAUAGAUCCGAUCCCUCAAAGCCACUAGGUCCGGAUGAGGUACAGGGGAAGAUCAAGGUGUCCUUCUUCGGGGUCAUCGACUCUUACCACUCUGACACUUUAGUCAACAGCAGCUCAACGCCCACUUGGCUUCGAACCGUCGGUUUUGGAAACAACUCCGCGAAUAUAGGCUAUGAUAGUGGCUCUCUUAGCUCGCCCCGUCCAUUGCACUGGGGAACUGUUGCGGUUUGCUCUGUUGUUUCCUUGGCUUUUAUGUAUUUCUAA